UAUGUUCUUGUUCUGCUUUGUUUAUUGAUUGCAGAUGGUGUAAACAUAUUAAUUAUAAUUAUUUAUUUAUUAAAACGAAUUGCCACAACAGUAUGGAUUUUGACAGUCCGGAAGAAAAUGAGUUUCCUGGGUUAUAUGCCUCUGAAGCGGCCGAUGCCAAGUCCAAAAAGAGCAAAGAAGAAAGUGACUAUAGCGAAGGCGACCAUGACAAGCACAGCAAGAAAGAUCUGCUCAUUGGGCGACGUAAGGAUAAGAAAGACAAGGGCAAAGAUCGUGGAUAUGCUGCUCUGGAAGGUGAAAGUUCUCCUGAAGAAGAACUGGACACCAAAAGCCCUUCAAAAUCAAAAAAGUCAAAAACAUUUAAAUUUACGAGCUCAAAAAGUAAGGAAAAGCGUGAAAAAUCACGUGACAAGGAAAAGGAGACAAAACCAUUAGAAGAGGAACCAGCACAAAAGACAAAAGAUAAGGAAAGGGAAAAAGAGAAAGAUCGACAUCAUGACGAAAAAGAGCAUAAAAAGAAAGACAAAGAACGUAAAGAAAAGGACAAAAAGGAAAAGUUCGAAAAGAAAGAUAAGAAAGAUAAAAAGAGCAAACAAUUGCAACAGGAAGACGGCAGCGCUGUCGAGGAAGUCUUAGCGCUUGGAUAUCCUAUCUUUGGUGUUUCCAUUAGUCUGGCCACAGAACGUUCCCGCUGCCAUGAUGGAAUUGAUUUGCCGUUGGUAGUGCGCGAUUGCAUCGACUAUCUGCAACAGGAGCAGUCGCUCAAAUGUGACCAUAUUUACAAGGUAGAGCCUAUUAAAACUCGUUUGUUGCACUACAAGAGAUUAUAUAACAAUCGCGAUAAUGAUGCGUCUGUGGAUGAUAUACCCACCGCCUGCAGUUUGCUUAAAUUGUUUCUUCGGGAGCUCCCGGAACCUGUGCUGACUACAGAUUUAGUAGCACGCUUUGAGGAGGUGGCUUCGCAUCCCAAAGUGACCGAGCAGCAGACGGAGCUGCAGCAAUUACUAGAGCAGCUGCCAAAAUGCAACCGCACUUUAUUGUCCUGGAUACUAUUGCACUUUGACGCUGUUAUACAGCAGGAACGCUACAACAAACUCAAUGCACAAUCUCUAGCAAUGUUGCUAAGUCCAACGCUACAGAUGUCACACCGCCUAAUGGUCGUGCUCUUAUGCCACUGUGCGAAUCUCUUUCCGGACGUCAAGCUGAUAAAAUAUGUUCCGCCACUUACGUCUAGCAGUCCUGGGCUCCCAGACAAUCCGGACGACAUAAAAACAGAGCUACGCAAGCAGGACAGUCUACUGACACAGAUACACAGCGAAAUGAAUGCGGGCUUCAUUACUAAGAAGCGUGAGGAGCAGCUUUGGGAGGUCCAGCGCAUCAUUACGCAGUUAAAGCGGAAACUACGAAGCAGUGAAAAGAAACUAGAAAAGUCUAUUGAUGAACUAGAUAGCACCAUCUCUGCACCACCAGCACGUCAGUCAGCUGUCCAACCAGCCGAUCUAAAAGCACCUACCAACCCAUCAGCAGUACCUACAGCUAACGCCAGCGAGGAUACCAUCGACUCGAAGUCUGUGCCCCCGCAUAGGAUCGCACCAAUGCAGCAGCUUGAUGAACUUAGCAUUGCAACUUCCCCACCACCGAUUGAAUACACCAUCGACAAGCAGACGGGCUAUAUGCUGUUGUCAAAAACAAAUCCUCAGCGCGAUGAUCUUUUGAGGCUGCAAAUUGAAUACGACGAAUUAAUGAAUUGGCAAAACGAACUCAAAACUCGCAUUCUUGCCGAGCGUAACGAGAUCUUCCGCAUGAAACAAUUCUAUGAACAGGAAAUAUUAAAACCGCUAGUUGCGCCAACCAUAAGCCAGGAGCAACUUCCUUCAGAGGGUGACUACGAACGAAUCAUUGAACAUUAUACACGAGAAAAUGCGCUGCUUGAGCACAAAAAGCAAAUGCUGGGCACGGAACUCAAGGAGGAGCGACGGGCCUGCAUUGCUCUUCAAGUUGAGCUACGAAUGCAGCAGUUUUAAUUAAUACAAAUUUUUACUCAAUUUAUGUGUAUCGAACAAAACGAAUUCAAAAUAUAUCCUAAUAUAAGAAAAAGCUUAGCUUCAAA